CUGAGAAUGGAGCAACGGGUGUUGAGCUGGAUCUUGAAUUUACUGCAGACGGUGUUCCCAUUCUAAUGCAUGAUGAAACAGUAGAAAGGACAACUGAUGGGUCUGGAAGAUUGUGUGACUUGACUUUUGAUGAAGUUAGGAGGCUUAAUCCAUCUGUAAAACAUAGGCUAUGGAGCAAAUUCCAAGGUGAAAAGGUACCAACUCUGAGAGAAGCUGUUGUGGAGUCUAUGCAUCACAAUCUUAUAAUCUACUUCGAUGUCAAAGGCCAUGCAAAUCAGGCAGUUGACGCCCUAAAACAACUCUACCUGGAAUUUCCGCGUUUGUAUAACGACAGCGUAGUCUGUUCUUUCAUGCCAGACGUUGUUUAUAAGAUGAGACAAGCUGACACAAAUGUUGUAACAGCACUAACACACAGGCCUUGGCAUCUGAGUCAUUUUGGAGAUGGGACACCCCGUUUCAAUUCCUCCUGGAAACUUUAUUUGUAUAUGAUGAUGGAUGUCAUUCUAGAUUGGAGCAUACACAGUUUCUUGUGGCGAUUGUGUGGGGUUUCAGCUUUCCUCAUACAGAAAAAUUUUGUUUCUCAAGAGUAUGUGAGGCACUGGUCUUCAAAAGGAAUUGAAGUGGUUGCCUGGACCGUGAACACAUUUGCAGAAAAAAGCUACUACGAAAGCGUCCUUGAAUCCAGCUACAUCACCGACAGCUUGGUGGAAGACUGUGAUCCUCAUUACUAGACCUGUGCUUUGUAGACACUCACCGACCUAAAUAAACUGUCUUACUCGGGCAGUGAAUUACUGAAUUCACCAUCGAGAGGGUAUCCACUGGUGCAGACAGGACUGCUAACGAUAGUGCUGGGAAAAGGAAGAGCAGUAGUUCGCUUCUGCUGUAUGGUUGGAUCUCAAAUGCAGAAAAAGCCUCUGUUGCAACACUGGACGAAGCUGAGGUACAGCCAUUUGUAGGCUGAGGCGAUCGCACUGUACUGUAAAAGGAUCGGUUUUGACAAGCUAACUGGGCAAUACGCUGUAUGUGCAGGCUGCUUUAUAAUUCUCUGCUUUGUUUAAAUCUUGGUUAUGAAGUCAUAUCUGCAAUUUUUGGUGGCAAAAUUUAAAAUCGUACCUUGAUUUUAGUAGUUUAAACAGUCUGUUCUACGACUGUAUAAUAAUUUGAUGUUGAUUUAAGGCAUCUUAAAAACAUCUACAUUACCAUUCCCAAAACAGAACCUGAAAAUAAUGGUGCCGAGACAGAGGGUGAGUAUGUUUCCCUCCUACUGCAUGGAAAGACGGCUGUGCUGCACCUUGACCAGGCAAAGAAAGCCGACUUCCCGUGUUCAAUGUGAAGACUAUGAGAAUUAAUGAAUAAAACUUGAGCAUCUUCUUCUCUUCCAGACUUUUUAAAAGAACCAAGGGAGGAUAGAAGAUUAUGUCUUCUAAUGACACAGCACACGAAUGUAUUUAUUUUUAAAAGAAAGCUAUAUAUUGAGUGCUGGUGGUGGUAGAACAAGUAGAGCUGAAACGUCUUUUUACUUUGCUUAUUGUUUGCAUGACUGAAGGGCACUCACAAGGAUACGUGGGAAACUGUAAUCCAGAUUUAACUUGAAAUGAAAAGAGUCUGCGGUUACAAUAAACAAGUAUCUGAUA